UGAGCUGCAGUCUUCCAGAUGAGCAGAGCGACCUGCUGGAGGAGCUGCAGUAUGUCGAGCUGCCUCAGGAGCAGGCGCAGACGCUCCUGCAGGAGUUAAAAGACGAGGCUCGCAGACUGCUGCCCCCCGUCACCAAACAAGAGAGGAAGAAACCCCGACUUUACAAGAAGAGACCUCACCCUCACGGCCCUCCACCCUCCCACAGGAUCCAGUGGAACGGACCGAACGGUUGGAGCGACAUGCAGCCAUGGAGGCAGCAGCCAAGAUAU